UCCAAACAUGGCUGCCCUGGCAACUGCAUGGGAGAAUGAUAAACAUUGCUCGGGGGAGGAAGACCCUAGUGUCCUGCAGCCAUGCACAUCACCCCUGCUAAGCGGUCAAAGUGUGGACCACAGGCUGGCCACACAGAAAGCUGCACAGUUCCUCAGGGAGGCUGAGAGGAACAGGAGGCAGAUUGAGAAGUUGGAGAAAGAGAGGACACUGAUUUCUCAGUGCAGAAAGAAUGGCUGGGCGGAUGUGAAUGGAGAGAUCGAAGAGUACGAGAAAGUGCUGGAGGGACAAAGAAAUGCUGAGAAGAUAAAUCUUCAAAAGCAGCUCAUGAAGAUUCAUAAUGGUGUGAGGAAAUUUCAGAGACAUCUAACUGAUGUGAAACCAACUCCGGAGUUGAUUGAAAAACUGAAGGAAAUCAUGUCAGAGGUGGAAAUUUCUAUUAACAGCGUGAAGGAGGAACAGCGCUCACGCUUUGAAGAAUUUUUGAAGGAAGAGUGGACAUGCAGACAGGAAAUCACCGCUUAUGAGAAGAAGAUUGAAAACUGGAGCCUUGCUGUCAAAACGAAUCCCAAACUACCCACAGCUCCCACUGUUAGGACCAAACCACCCGACAGAGACCUGCCAGCAGAAGUCAGAGCGCUGGAGGUUUUCCUGCAGAAGACUGGAGGCUCUUAUGGUGGCUGGGACCAAUAUGACCAUGAAGCUUUUCUUAAAGUCUGGGUGAAGCACAGUGGGGAGCCAGGCUUCAGGAAAGAAGCCAAGCUGUAUCUGCCUGGUAAAACAAUGGAGGAAAUAGAGCAACACGAGGAAUGGCAUCAGGAGCUCAUCUACCUGCAGGACAGGAAAAAAGAGGCUAUUCAGCGCUGGAAAGCCAGCAAGCAUCAGGAACGCCAGAUCAGGAUACAGACUCAGGAGAAGACAGAAGAUGCAAAAAGGAGGGAAAAGGAGGCCAAAAGCCAGGCCCAGCAACACAGGACUGAGGAGGAGAGGAGGGAGAUGGCACGGCGUCUGGAGGAAUGGAGGGAAGAAAAGAAAAGGAGGGAGGAGCAGGAAGAGGAGCAAAGACUGGCUGAAGAGAUUCGAAAGAGGAGACGGGAAAAGGAGGAGCACCGUCGGCAGCUUGAAGUAAAGCUAAUCGUAGAGGAGCAGCUCCAACUGAGGAGAGUAGAAGAGGAAGAACAAGAGAGGAGGAGAAGAGCAGAAGAAGAGAGAGAAAGAGAAGAGAGGAGAAAGGAGGCAACAAAGAGCAUCAGGCGUUUUAAUGAAAGGGAUCUUCACAGGGUGGAGGCAAAGCGCCAUGAGAACCAGCUGAGGGAAAAAGAGCAAGAGGAAAGGCAGAGGAGACUCGCUGCCAAGUUGAAGGAGAAGGUGGACAAUCAUGUCAACAGAGACCCCUCCAGGCUUACCCGCCCUACGAAGGGAUGGGAGGAGCGGCUGAAACACGUUGGACCGUCGGGAGAUGGGCCAAUGCUACAAAUGUUUCACAGAGCUGUUCCCACUUGGAGACAAGGCCUGUGAUGAAGAGUCCUGCAUUCCAUUCAGAGUCCUUUCUAUUUUUGAAAGAAAAAUUUGUCAUAUAACUUUUAAGUUGCAAUUCAGUUCAAUUUUAAACUGUGAAACUGUUAUUUUUAAAAUAAAGAUUUUUAUUGUGA